AUAUAUAUAUACACACACAUAUAUGUAUGUGUAUAUGUUAUAUUUAGCUGUGUAGCUGUGUGCGUGAGAAAUGUGUUUGUAUGAUACAUCACGUCGUAUCCUAACACACGCACACAUACUCAUGUGUACUCAUACACCAUACGUAUGUAGCUAACAAGUCUCAGAGUUGCUUCUACUUGACGUUUCUGAGGCACCUUAUCCUCUGAAAUACACACACACACAUAUACACACAGAGUUAUACAUAUCUUUAUACGUCACGCAGCUAAACGAUAGUGGUACUCGAUCGAUCUAACUAUCGUUCUAUCUAGUCAGUUGUUCUCAACUAGUUUACUCGUCGGCGUCAUCAUUCCAUGUUCUAUUGAAAUAUGGAUGGAAUUAAGUAAUUCGAAGUGAUUUUUUUUUCCUGUUUGUUAGUUGUGGCCGUCGUCGAGGCCUUGGCGUUAUUAUUAAUUCUUAAUUUUGUCGCCUGUCAAUGUAUGUGUCUACUAAGACACAACUGUACAAAUGGGGAUUGUAUUCAUAACCCACGAAGAUGUGAAGUCUGUCUCAAGACAGACACCAUGGAGACUACUGGCUGGUGAUAAGCCAUGGAGGAUUCUAUCUCCAGCUAAAGAAGGGAACAAUAUGGGCUUUAGCCUGAACUUCCAUGAGAUGUAUCAAAAUCAUACCAACACCAUGCCUGAUGUUGUCGAUCACCAUGGAAACAAACAAGCUCUUACUUCUGGUUCUAACUUCCUAGAUUCCGAGAUGAAUAACUCCAUUGUCGGCACAAAAAAGUCAACUGGUGUGUGUGCCGAACCAGCCGCAAAUGUACCCAGCAAGCUGACCUGGAAAGAUCUGUCGCCAACCAAACAAAAAAAUCUCUCUCCACACAGUAGUAGUAGUAGUGGUGGUUCGUCAGGCGAGGAGAACCCAGCCAGUGGUGUAAUAUGGGGGGAAGACAGUGAAGUGAAUAAGAAUCAGCUGGUCACUUGGAAACAACUAUCUCCAACAAAGCUGUCACCUCCCAUUGACUAUGAGCCAGAUAGUGGAUAUUCAUCAAAUGAAGUAAAUCACAAAAUCAAAGGUACAACAGAACUCUGCAACUCAUACAUAAUGGCAACACAGCAGAAACCAAUGAAAACAAGUUCAGGAAGCACAAGUAAUGAGUCACCGGAAGACGCAUUAGAGUAUUUUUAUGAUGAGGAUUUCUCUGUUCAGUUUGAACCAAAUCUAAGUAAUCCACAGAUUAAUCUUGAUGAUAUAGGAAGAGAUGAGAUGUUUAUUUUGCCUCAAAUGCUGAAUGGUAGUUAUCUGAGCUUCGAAUCGUUAAAAUCCUCCUCUGACGCAACCCCCGCGCCCUUCGAGGAUCAAUGCGAAUUGGAGUUUUCUGAUAACCAAAAUUCAAUGGAAAUUUCAACUAGUGAGCGGGACAUGAUGUGCUCCAGUGAAAUGUUAGAACUUAGUAGUGAUCCAUUGUUCACCCCAACACCAACCAGCGAGGCACCUCCUUGUCAUCUUCUUAACGACAGUCUGGACCACGGGCACAAGCCCGGUGACCUUCAAAUUAGUAAAUCGUCAAUGGAUCCUAACCAGUCAGUUGAUGGCAAGCUGGUGAUAGACUGCUACCCUCGCAAAGAAAAUUACUGCUUAUCAUUUGUUGGGUCGCAGAGCAAGACAAGCAGUUCAGAAGCAGAAAUUUCAUUAACGCCUUUGAGAACGCACGAGUCUGAGGAUAAUGAGAGUGGGGCUCAUCCCUACUGUACCUCUUCUGGGGAAGGAGCGGAAGAUGUUUUUGCAAACAGCUUCCAAUACUGCCGAGAUGGAGAAGUAUCAGCAAAAUGUCCACCUUUAUUAAGACUUCUAAGAUCAGACACUACAGCAAAGACACGCUUCGUUGGACAACUCACAUCACUACCUGAAACAAAUCAGGAGGCUGAAAACGAGUCUACUUCUUCGGGGAUGUCAGAAUGUAGUGGCCAAGGCCGCAUAAUAUCGCACAGCUUGCCAAGAAAUGGGUGCAGCAUGCAAACAUUUAGUUCCCUCAAAAAUAAGGUUGGCUCGCACUCUCGCCCCAAGACCAUGGUUUCAUGGAAGCAAAUCAAGACAAUGUAUCGUAAAGGUAAACAACUUUCUAAUCAAAACAGUGGUGGCAAAAGUUGCAGUAUGCCAGACUUGUGUCUGCGGACAUGGCAGAAAGUUGCUGCUGAGAAGAAAAAAGAGUUAGAAAGUAGCAAAGAAGAAGAAGAAGAAGAAGAAGAAGAAGAAGAGGACGAUGAGAAAGCUGAGAAUAAGCGUUACUCAGCGACAUUAGUGGAGCUAUACCAACGUAUGAAAGCAAUGGGAAAAGCAUCAUCUCCAGAUAUCCAUAUACCUGGGUGGUCUUUAAAUAGUAGCACAUCUAGUCGACCUGGUAGUGGUCAAUGGUCUGUGAACAGUGAUGAUAAAUUGUACAUCAAUGAUAUGAAAGGUGCAGAUGGUAUUCAUCUGGCUAUACAGUGUGAACAGACAGGUUGGGAGAAUUCAUCCCAUCUUGACCAUCAUCAUCACCACCACAUCAAUUCUGCUCACGAUGUUAAAGACUGCAUCGAUUGUAGAGAAGGGUUCAGUUCUUUUGAAUUGAGAUCAGCUUGUUGUCAGGUGCCCCUGAACCGAAAACGUACCCAAGCAACAGCUAUCUCUCCUCAAUCUGUCAAUGUAUGGUUGGGAACCAAGAACUUUUCUGCCCAGUUUCCACCUCUUACAAGAGACUGUGGAGUCCAAACGUCUUUCGAAGAUGAACGCUCCAUGGCAUCAGGUUUGAGGAGAAACUGUAAACAAACCUCUGAAGGAAGCUAUGAUAUACCAAAGUGUCAUUGCCACAUGAUGGCAAAAUCUGAAAGAACGAAAGCAAGAGAAGCUUUUCACAUGUCCACCAGAAUAGCACGUGAAGUAUUUUAUUCACACAGGUCUUUGCCAGACUUAAGUUUUAUUACCCUUCCAAGUCCUUCUUUGCAAAGACUUCAGAGGCGCUCCACUGAUAAACCUGUUUUAAUUAAUCCUAGAAUACACCGACCAAAUACUAAUUCAAAUGCACCUCCAAAUACUAAUUUUAAGGAAACUCUAGAAGAACUCAAGAAACUCCAAAAACCAGAAGCUAUGCAUAUAUCAGGGCCUUUCUGUAGCCGACGUUCAGGCAUGUUUCGACCAAUUGGAGCAUGUCGUGGAGCUGAUUGGCACUCAAGUAGUAGUGGAUUUAGCACUAGUUCUACAUCUUCAGGAAUUGAUCCUGGUUGCUUUGACUAUUGGUAUGGCAGCUUUGGAAGCUUUCCCAGACUGCCAUGCUGUGCAGCGUUGUUGGAUACCAGAUAUGUCUACAACAGCGCUGGUUUUGAAACCUUCCCGCGUAUAGUACGCCAGCCCGAGGAGACCCAAGCAAAGACGCGAGCAGUUGACCGCCGCUAUGAACGGUAUCAGUAUGAAAGCCACCCUGCACACAACCGUCAAAAGCCAUGGAAGAGAUGGAGUGCUAGUACUUCCUCAAACUCUAGUGGCAACUCGGCUCAAGCAGAAACUUUGUAUAGUGUUGCUGAAGAAAAGACACCUACUUCACCUGAGAAAUCCUUGGAGGGCAAAUUAGAAGAAAAUGAGGAAUAUGGUGACUGUAGGUUAGGAACAGAUGGUUACUAUGACAACCAGGUAUUUGAUGAGAAACAAGAAGGGCUAGAAGAUGCUGUCCAGUGUGUUCGCAUGCGAAAUACUGGUUUGACUUUAGCAGAAACUUAUUGUCCUGACAAACGGCCCCUGAAAUCCUGCCUGCGCAAACGUCAGCGAUCCCUAUCCGACCCUUACGCUAAGGCUCCCUGGACUGACAAUAUUAAAAAACACAACACUGCUGCUACUACACACCGACAUUCUUACGGCUGUGACCGAGACCAAAUGGCUGGUGCUGACGGACCCAUUGAUUACCCGAAAGACUUUGAUGCUGUUGCAGCAUCAUCCCCUGUGGAGGUAUUACCGUCGGGUGGUUGUGGAAGCGACAGCGUGUCAGCCAAUCCAACACGCGACGUGAUACUCAAUGAAAGCAGUAACACAUCACUGAGCGAGAAGGAUAUGGCGCGUUCUAAGAAAAGCGUAAGCUUUGCUAGGGAGGUGUCGUUUCAUUCUCCUCCCUGCAGUCCCCAAGUCCCACCAAGGCGACAGUCUCUUGAGGGACGGCAGGUGCCCCAUAAUGGAUACAGUCUUACUAAGGAUUCAGUACCAAGUCCAAACUGGAUGGGUGUCACAUCCAAUCAGCCAACUUUCCCGGUUCCUCGAGAUAUACACAACCAAAACCAAAAUUCAGCUGAAGGAACCUUUGGCAAAGAUAAGGGGUCAGAAGACAGGGACCAACCGCCAACCCCACCUAGAUCAAUGGGCAAGAAAGAAUUGGAGAAGAAAUCUGCCAUGCUAGCAGAGGUAUCCAAAGCAGCAGAAGCUUUAGUUGAUCAUUUUUCCAAGAGCAAAGAUCCAUUUGAUAAGCUUCGUCUUGGCAGUUCUGUAGAAACUCCUGAAAUUGGAGAUUUGGUGCUAUCCCGAUUGUGCCCUGCUGUAGCUCAAGUGAUUAACAAUGGCCUGAAGUCAUAUGAAUCUGGUCUGCAUGUAUUUGGGAGAGUCCAUAUCACAGUGUGGAGAGUAGCUGAAGCAUCUGCAGAACCAGGCCCUUCUACCAGAGCAAUAUGUGACAUUGUGAAAGAGCUUAGGAACAGGCCAAAUCUGUCUUCGAACAAACACAGAUUUGAUGCUUUUAUCUUUGCACUGUUGAAUUCACGUCUAUUGGACUUCUGGCUAGGUUACCUGCGCCACAGAGACAAUGUCAUCUGUCACUUUUACAACACCAAUGCCUUGCUGCAACAGCAGCUCUACAUCAGUGAUCUGGGUGAUGCUUAUGAGGAAAUGCUUCUCUCUUUGCAGCCCUUGUCUGUUUUACCAUUCCAGCUCGAUCUUGACUUUGUCUGUGGCAGCAGUGGCCAGAAUCAAGCCAGUGGCGAUAUGACCCAGUCACGGGAAGGUGGUGCCACUUUGUCAGAACCUUCUGCAGGAAGUUUGUCUGAGGAAUCAAUGAAGCUAAGCUCUCCUUCAGUUAGAUAUGAAGAGGCAUCUGAAGAGAAUGCUUUAGGUCAGUCAGCUGCAAAAGCGUGGAAAUGGUUGAGUAGCUCAACAGCUAACGCCUUACCAAAAGCCAAGUCUGUUGUAGCCAAUGUUGCACAGAAGGUGUCACCUUCUAUUUCACGGCUGGGCACCUCACUUUCCAAAGCUACACUUGGAGACUCAUCAGAAUAUAAAGUCACAGAAGAUAUCCUCAAUAUGGACCAGCUAGCAGACUCUUUACCACUGUCUAACAGUAAUGACGACAAUGAGUCUGUAUCCAGUACAAGUAACUCCACACUGCUAGGAUCUAAUGUUGAAUCACCUUUAGAGGUAAAAUCAAUCACCGAAAUGGAAAGGAUUGAUGAAUCUAAAACAUCAACAUGCUCAAAGGACUCUAAAAAUACAGACAAUGAGAAACAAAGUCAAAGCCUUUUAGAUGAGCUUUUCCCUGAUGCUAGUGAAACCAGUGAUCUUGAGCAAUCAUCUUCACUAUCAGUCUCCAACAUAGCACAGAAGUUUCUGGGAAUCGGCACCAGCAAACGCAAACAACCAUACAGAAAAGAACUGACUGAGUACAGUUUUGACAGUGAACCAGAUUCUUCUAACUCAAUAAAAGAGUCCCACUCUGACACGAGCCUGAAGAAUGAAGAAAUUUCUAGAAAAGGAACAUCUUCAAACAAAGCAAGUGAAAGUUUAGUACAAGAAGUGUUAGAUAAAUACUGUGAAGCAAAUCCGUCAAAGUCUGAAACAAAUGAACUUAAAUCUGAUAAUAAAAACAGCUUUAAUAACAGCUCUGGUCCUAAAUCCUCCAUGCCAAAACUAGAAAGUCAGCCAUCUGCUAAUUCCUUUGAUAUUAUCAAACUCUUUGAUAAGCUUCUGCUUCCAAAUAAAUCAAGUAAAACACCUGAAAGUAAAGUUAAUGUUGAAGGAGGAACUGCAUAUAGAAAUACACCCACUAUAAGUGCUUUCAACCUAUUUCCAUGGGGACAGCCAAAUCCCACGUCUGAUGAUCUAAAGUCACCGAAUUCUAAACAAGAAAGGACUCACUCAAAUACCACUGAUAGUUCUUCUGGUCAGAAACAAAAUGCAGCUGAAACCACAAAUAUCAAAGCUGAAAAUAAAGAAGUGAGCAAGACAGCAGAACCUGCCCCUGUUCUUGAUGGAAAUAAAGGUGGUAACAGUGAUGACCCCUUUGCAACUGGUUCCCCUGCAUUGUAUGAAUGGUGUGAUAUGGCUAAACCCCAGAACCCCAGUCAAGAUCCUUCAGAAGAUCACAGUGACCUGCCUUUAGAUUCUACCGCUUCGUUACCUUCUAACUCACCAGCUUCUCCUCAAGAUUACUUUAGAAUGCCAGACUACAGAUAUGUACGUACAUUGUACGCUAGCAGCCAUGAUUGUACUGCAGGGAUAGACGGAGUUUUAGGCUUUGCAGCCGGAGAUGAACUUGAAGUGUUGGCGCAACUGGAUAAAUCUUGGCUCUUCUGUGCCAACGGCCACCGUGAGGGCAUCGUGCACAUCCAGUGGGUCAAGCCACUCGAUGACCAGUUAGUUUUUGAGACUCUUCACGACAAUUUCUACCGCUGAGAGUUGGAAUGAAAGAAAAGUAAGAAAAAGAAAGAAAAUAAAUUUUAAAAAAUUAAAAGACUACAAGCAAUCAAAAACAACAUUAUAUAAAUGAUGAUGAUAAUAAUAAUAAUAAUAAUGAUGAUAAUAAUAAUAAUAAUAAUAAUAAUAAUAAUAAUAAUAAUUUUAUUUCAAUUGGCUAGAAAAUUUUAACUGAAAAACCAUGAUCAUUCUCUGUGCAGUUCUCUUUGAUUUCAGUUCAUGAUUUAUGUGUAUAUAUAUAUAUGUGUUUGUGUGUGUAUAUAUAUAUAUAUAUAUAUAUAUAUAUAUUUGUUUCUGUGUGUCUAUGUAUGCAUAUAUAAAUAUAUGUGCAUACACUCACACGUAUACAUUUAAAACUAUGUAUUUUUAUUGAAAAGUUGCCUCGAGCCACUGCUGCCGUGCUGCUCCAGCUACUACUACUACUACUACUACUACUACUACUACUACUACUACUAAAGCAUGCUCACAUACUGCUCCCUUAUUUUCUUCCUUGAUGUUUUUAUCAAUUUGUCUAGCUAUUUAUUUAUUUCUCUAUGUCCCUGUUUAUUUAUCCUGUUUGCAAUCUCUCUCUGUAUUUCUUUGUCUACAUAUCCAUCUCUCCCCACCUCUCUCUCUCUCUCUCUCUCUCUCUCUCUCCUGUCAGCUAUCUUUUUUCUUCUAUGUCUAUCCAUAACCUCUCUAUUUUUGUUUUUAUAUGUAAUGGUCAAGAAAAAUUUCACAAAAGCCCUUAUUUUGUAAUUAAAUGUAAAUAUUUCUCUAAGAUUGCAGGAAUCACACUAAAAGCUCCAAAGAAAGUGAAAUAUAAUAAAUGCAACAGGAAGUAAAUUUAUUGUUCUCCUCUCUUUUGCUCUCCUUCCUUUGUUCCUUUCAUUGUUUCCUUCAAAUCUACUCUUUUUCUUUGCCAUAUUACUUUCCACCUCGCAUUCUGUCCUUUUUGGCUUUCCUUCGUGUUUCUUAUUUUUCAUUCAGUGUCCUUUUGAUUCCAUUCAAAUUCUUUUUUGUCUGUGUGUGUGUGUGUGUGUGUGUGUGUGUGUGUGUGUGUGUGUGUGUGUGUGUGUGUGUGCGCAUGCGCGCGUGUAUGUGCAUGUGCCCUUCUCAAUUCAUUCUUCAUGUCAAAAUGGCCGACAUCUCAUGGUUCAUCAGUACUUGGUUGCUUUCCCCCUUAACUCCUAUCAUUCUCUUCUCUUCCCUCAACUAACCACUACUAACACUAUUUUCAUUGCUGCUACUAAUACUACUACUAAUACUACUACUGCUACUAACUUCCAUCCAUUACUAUGAAAUGGCAUAACAGUUAUAUGUAUUAAACUACAGCCCACUUCCCAGUGUACUAGUCAAAAUUAUAUUAGUAUUCCAAGUUCAGUUUCCCAUACACCUGCUCACCAACAAAUCCUAAAAUCAACUUUUCACCAACAAACUCUAAAAUCAACUUUUCACUUCUAGAUAGGGAAUAAUGUUGUCUUUGAAGUCUACUAAUGUGAUGCGAUGCCAUUUUCACAUAUCAAAGCUGAAGAGUUGUCUCAUUAGUUAUCUCUCAUAAAUAAGGUUGUAAUAGAUUAAUUAUUAGCCAGUUAUUACUUGGUCAUCUAACUAUAUUAAACAACUGUAAUUGAUUCUAUGUGUUAUUAUUACUGGGGUGGAGGAAUGGCAAAAUCAUUAGUGCACUGGACAAAAUGCCUUGUAGUAUUCUGGCUCUUUACAGUCAGAGCUCAAAUCUUCCCAUGAUCAACUUUGCUUCCCAUCCUUUCAAGGACAAUAAAACAAAGCUGCAGUCAAAUUCUGUGAUCCAUGUAAUUGAUUAAUCUUCUACCCUCCUCUUGAAAUUAUUAGCUCCAAAUUAGAAAUAAAAUAUUAUUAGGGCAGUGAAUGGUAGAAUUGGUUGCAAAAUGGAUAAAAUGCCUUGCUAUAGUUUUGCUAUGACCUUUAUAUUCUGAGUUCAAACCCCAACCAAGAUCAACUUGGGCUUUCAUUCUUCCAGGGCUGAUAAAAUAAAGUAACAGUCAAGUACUGAUGUUGAUGUAAUCGGUUAUCCCCACAUCCCAAGUUUCCGGCCUUUUGUCAACAUUAGAAACAAUUAUUAUUAUAAUCAUUAUCAUUAGGAGGGCAAUGGGUGACUGUAUUGAUAGUAUUGAACAAACUAUCCCAUGUUAUUUAUAUCCAUUUUAUGUUCUGAAUUCUAAUCCCACCAGGGGUGGUUACAGUUAACUUCAGUUUUCAUCCUUUUAUGACCUGAAGUUUAGUAACUAAGUAUCCGUCAAGUAUUGAAGUUAAUAUAGUCACUUAUACUCCUCUCCACACACUGAGCAAACCUACAUUAAAAAUUGUUGUUGUUGUGUUUGUUGUAAUUAAGUUGAAAGGGAGGUAAUGUCAUUGCAAAGACGAGAGAGCAACUCAACUCGAAACUGCUUUGUUGCUAUUAAUAUUUUCUUUUACUGCUGCUUUGUUCUCAGUUGUACUUUAUUUCCUAGCCCUUGCUGCUAGAUGUACUAGCACCAACACCUCUAAACCAAUUACUGCUACUACUAUUACUACUGUUUUUGUUUCUCCAAGACUUCUGAUAACCCACAUCUUUAUAAUUAUGCUAAUGGCUUUUGGUAUCAGCUUUGAAGAUGUGAUCCUUGAAAUUAUGAUGAAGUCUUGAAAUCUCUAUAUCUCUGGCUUCACAAUUUGAUGUCAGAUGUAAUUUUUACUGUUACUGUUUGUUUGUUGAGCCACUGCUGGGUAUAAUGCUACAAGCCAAAGUGUUGAUGGUACAUAGCCAUCAAGUUUACUGACUGGUAGGAAUAGUCUACCUGGCUGUAAAUAGGUCUUGCAAUUCUACUCAGCCCAUCUAACCAUGUUAGUUGCUACAGGGAUGUACAAUCCACUUCAUUGUUUAUCAGUUUAUUAGAUAUUAUUAUGCAGUUCAUCUUUCUCUAAAUUAAGAAACUGUUUAUGGCUGUUAAUAGCAUUGUCAGGAGUGGAUUGGCAGAAUUGUUAAAUUGCUUUGAGGUAUUCAGUUAAAACCUUUUACAUUCUGAGUUCAAAUUCAAAUAAGAUCAACUUUGCCUUUUAAUCUUCUGGCAUUGGUAAAAUAAUGUACCAGUUCAGUUAAUUACUCUUCUCUUCAAAUUUGUGGUUUUGUGUUUCUGUUAGAAAUUUUACUAUUUUUAUUGUCAUCAAAGUGUGAAUGACAGAAAAAAAAAUCCCCUACCAAACUAGAAAUUAUUGCAAAAUUAUUACAUUAUUUAGUUCUGUCCUUCUAGGUUCCAAGUUCAAUUCUUGACAAGGUUGACUUUGUGCUUUGUUGACAUCCUUGUGCUUAAGUUAGACAUAAUAAAAAAAAUAAUAAUUACUAUCAUUCAUUCAUAUAGCAACAAGCAAUAGUCAUUAUAGUAGUAGUAAUAGCAGCAGGUGUGUUAUAAUGCAGCAUUAGGUUCAUGGGGAUGUGAGCCUAGGCUCAGGAUUGUUACUGCUCUCUACCCCUUCGAGCAGGGCAUGAGCAUUACAACAUCCUGUUUUCUCCUUCCCUUUAAAAAGUGAUCGUUAAAUACCACUGUGGUAGCUAUGCAAUAAUAUCUUAUGAAAGCUUUCUCUUCUUUCUUCCAAAUCUUUAUUUAUCCGCUUCAUUUUAUUAAUUGAUAUUCCUGCUAUUCCCAUCUCAAUUACCACCAUCACCACCUGGAGUUUUCUUUCUCCUUUAACAUCUCAGACAUUCUAACUUUACUUAAUCAACUCCAAAUUCUCAAUCUUUAGUAUUCUUUUCAAUAAUUGUUCUUUUUUUUUUUCCUUCCCUCUGUCUGUUGUUGUUGUCUUCAAAACCCCUUUUUUAAAUAUUUCCAGUAGUUUAAAAGUUAUUAGCAAAACACAGAAACACACAGAAAUAUGCCACAGGCAUUGAAAUUAUUACUACUCCUGUCGGAUUACAAAUUUUUACAAAUAUAAUUAAUAUUCAUAAUUCUGUUAAUAUGCAUUAUUUAAUUUCUUUUAUCAUUGGGUUUUGUGUAAAAAUAAUUUCAUUAAAACUUACUAACAGCUUGUUAAAGAUAUUUUAUACUGGAUGUAGGAAUCAAUGAAAUAAGUUCAAUGCAAGUACUGUGAUCAAUAUGAUCGAUUUGUUGUCUCUUGUCUAAAUUAGAAGGCAUUUUUAUCUUAUUGUUCACAGCAGGGAAAUGAGUUGGCAAAAAUCAUUUCAGUAUCAGACAAAAUGCCUCAUGGUAUUUGCUCUGCCUAUUUGUAUUCUGAGAUCAAAUCACUCCAAGAUCAACUUUGCCAUUCAUCCUUCCAGGGUCAAAAAACCUGAAUCUCCAGUCUAGUACUGGGGCUGAUGUAAUCAACUGAACACAACUCCUUAAAACUGCUGGCCUUUUGCAUAAAUUAGAAAAUAUUAUUAAUUUUUUUCUCUAAAGUUUAGAUUAAAAUUUUUUUUAAAUGAAAAUAGUCAUAUCUAUUUUAGAAAGAACUAAUAGGUUUUCUUAUAUUAAACUGAAUUUAAUAGCAAUAAAUUUCACGAUCCUUCUUUUAAAUCUCUCCGAUAAAAUUUACCAUUACUAGCAUUUCCAUCUACUUUUCAUUAACCAUUUCAAACAACAUAGAUUGCUUUAAAUUCUUCUUGACACACACACAUACACACAGACAUAAUAAUCCCACCAAAUGUAUUUGUACAUCUAUGUGUGUGAUCUAUAUUUCUGCUAGUUUGUCUUCUAUAGUUUUUUUUUUUACCUUUCCUAUGGCAAGCGUUUCAUCACUCUUAACAAGCUUGUAAGAACUGUUAUCUCCAAAGACAUUCAAAUUCACAUAAAUUCAUCAUCAUCAGCAGCAGCAGCAGCAUCUCAACAAAGUUCAAAUCCCACCUGGGUCUAUUUCAGCUUUGAUUUUCAACCUUUUGGUGAAAUGAGUACCAGCCAGUCAUGUACUGGUAUUGAUUGCACCAACUACAUCUCCCACCAGAAAAGAAAAAAUGUGUGCCCUGCUCAAAAUCUAAAACAAAUUAUUACUUUUAUUGAUGCCUUUCCUGUGUGAGUUUUCAAAAUGUUUUUUCUUAUUGUUGUUCUUGUUUACAAGAUCAGCUUUUUAAUUUAUUUUUACUUUCUAAUUUUUGUGUGCACUUAUCAGUUUUUUUUUAUUUACUUUCGUUUAUUGUGAUAUUUUGAUUUUUCUGGGGGUUUUUUUUUUGCAUUGGUACCUCAAGCCAUCGUCCUUUGCCAUCGUCUGUAAUCCCACACCCUGCUACCAUAAAGUUUCUCCCACCCUACUUCUGUAUCUCUCUCCUCCUUCUUUUAUCUAGUAAUAACAAGAGUGAAAUUUUGGAAUAAUUGGCAGCUUACUUCUUCUAUCAAGGAGACUUAUACAGUUGAUGAGUUUCGCACUAACCCUUACCCAAUUGUUUUGUAAUCCCAUUAGUAUUAUUAUUAUUAUUAUUGCCAUUUAUAUAUCUUUAUAUAAAUAAUGCUAAUAAUGGUAUCAUUUAUUAUUACUGACCUCAGAGGCCAAGGAAAUAGUUGGUCUUGUGCUAAAUUUAGAAAUCAAUAAUAAUGAUGAUAAUAAUAAUAAUACUGUUUUGAAAGCCUAUGCUUAUAUAACCUUUCGCCCUUUUUUUCGUCCAACAUACUCAGCAGCUUUGGGGAUGGAUUUUUAUCACAUUAGAAGAUCACAAAAAAGGAAUGGGUGGUAAUUGUUUUUUUAUUCUUUGGGGGGAAUUUUUUGGGGUGGGUGGAGUAAAAAUAGUGCCAUUACUACUAACAAUAAUAAUUUGAACACUAAAUGCAGUGGUAAGAUCCAUUUAGCAAAGAAUAUAUGCAGAGCUUGGCAGACCAAGCUGAUUCAAAUCUGCAAGAUCGAUUUCAAUGGCUUGUACUAACUGAUAUGACAAUAACAAGAAAAGUAAUGCCUGCAUUAUUCUAAAUGGUUCUUGUAGAUUUAUUCUGUUGUCUUACAUGUCUUGGUGCUUUUUUUUUUGUUAUCUUUUGAUAACCACCAAAUUUAAAUGCCUCCCUGUUUUACAGGAUCAGGAAAACAUCUAGGAUGAAUAGAAAAUUGAAAUAGUAGCUAAUGGGCUUUUAGAUAAAAUAUCUUAUGGCCAAUUCCUUGUGUUAUUGAGCAACACACAUAAAUUUGCAGUGGCUCAUUUAAUCUAAAUAGAAAGGAAAUGGUUGUAUGGGUAUGGCAUUGUGAUAACACUUCAAAGGUCUCAAGUUCAAAUCCACUGCAGGACAUUUUGUUGCAUAUUUAGGAAGUAAAACAUUUCUUCCAAUGCUCUUCAGUUUGCUGUCAUAAAUAAUUACCAGAGCCUCCAUGAAUGUUAGCUGUGAUGGAUACACUGGCAUUCCAACAAAGGUGUGAUUUGUAUCUCAUCUUGUUAAUAGCAUGUAAUCAAAGACAAAUCAUUAAUCUUUUAAAUAUGUCUUGGGAAAACUUAGGAGACAUUUACAUGUUGAUUUUUUGGUUUAUUUGUUUUUAGCAAAUCAGGGUUACAUGUUUGAUAAUUUAGGAAUAUUAUCUACAGCAGCCUGGUAUCCUAUCCUGAGGAUGUCUUAUCUGUCAUCUGCUUAACUUCAGUAAACAAGAGUUCAGCAGCAAUAGACCUUUGUUUCUAUUAGUUUUCCAUAUCCAAGACACAUGAAUAUCGUGAUCAAAUUGAUUUCUUUUUUUUUUUUUUUGUUAUCUCCAUUGAUAAUUGGGAGUUUUAGGUUGGAGAUGAAGAAAACACCUUUUGUGUAAUUUUAAGGUAGAUGAUGCUUUUGUAAACCCUUUUAUUUGUUUUUGUUUUGUUACCCCUGUUGCUGAAGUCUCUCCAAGAAGUUCAUUGCAUUUCAGAAUUAGUAAAGCUUCAGACAAAAUCCCUAUGAUAUUUAGUCACAUAUCUUUACAUUCUGAGUUCAAAUCCUGCCAAGGUCAACUUUGAUUUCCAUCUUUCCAGACUUAAUAACAUAAGAACCAAUCAAAUGCUUGUGUUAACAGACUAACAGUACCUUUCUUAAAAGAUAAUGAUCAUUAUUAUGGAACACUAUUAUAUUUUUCCUUUGUGGUAGCAUUAACAUACUGCAAUUUCUUCACCUACUAAAUCUAUAACCUAGUCUCAAUUCACAUUUCAAAUUACAUUUUUUACCACUUAAUGAUAAGACAAGCAUAAGGAGUAAGAAUUCCCACUCAAUAUCCUCUGCCUCCCCAAAAUAUGUGGCUUCAUUCCUUUGUAAAAAAAAAUAUUAUUGUUAUUAUUUUCUUAAGCAAAUGUCUUAUUAGACUUCUUGCUUGAGUUGCAAUAUAUUUUAAUCUUUUUUGGCU